CGCAGCUAGCUAGCGUUGCUAGCAACGACAUGCUGACAUGGCGGUGGUCCCGGUUGGUUUGCGUUCCUUCUACGACAGAAUAACCAUGGAGGGAGGAACACAAACAACACAGGAAUGACAUGAUUCUUCCUGGAUUUCUCUUGGUUCAAAUGACAAGUCUUUAGUUAAUCGAGGUAUGAAGUGGAACUCGACAUACUGAGAGAAAUUGUCCAAGUAUGGCAUCAUUGAAAGGUGUUAACCCUGAGGUUCGGAAGUAUCUCCGUCGGCACAAAGUACCAGAUGUGUACGAGGCCAUCUUGACAGGGCUAGCCGUGCUCUGCCCAGACGAUCCCAUGGCUUACAUCAUUGACAAGGUGAAAGAGCUGAUGAAGAUGAGGGUGGAAUCAUUGCACGGACUGGAUGCCCUCAAAUGGGAUUCGUUGAUCCCGGAGGAGGCUAAACCCAAGAAGCGAUUGAGCGCCAACUACCUGGACGCCAUCUUCAUGUUUGAUGAAGAAAAUCUGCAGCCAUGGGAAUGGAGGCCGACUCCAGAAAUGUACCAGAAGGCCUACCAUAGCUACAACAACAAGCUGGUCACCAUGACGUUCAGCGCCUGGCUCCUGUACCACGAGAGGAAGAAGCGUCGUCGCCUUAUGAUGGCCCGCAAGAUGGUGCAAGCCGCCGAGUACUAUGACAUGCGCAAGCAGCGGGUGCACCUGCAGCAGUGGGUCAAGUGGUUCCGCUUCCGUCAAGACCGACAAGAACGUGCCUAUAACAUCAUCAUUAAUGUGUACAACAUGUCCCUGUCUCGUCUUGUCUUUGAGGCCUGGCAUAAUGUGAUGCUGGAGGCACGGCGUACCAGGGAGUACUUUGAGAGGUUAGAACGAGGCGAGAUGGAUGGCGAGGAUGAGAUGCUGUCGCCAAGAGGCGAGGCGAGGGAUGACAUCUCCCUGUUGCCACGGAAACUUGCCAUCAAGAUCUUCAGUUAUCUUGACCUGGCUGACGUUAGCCGGUGUGCUCAGGUGUGCCGGCAGUGGAAGAUGAUCACGGGUACCAGUUCCCUGUGGAGCAGGGUCAAUUUGUCUUCUAUCAAAAACAGAGUGACGGACCGGUUUGUGUGUAAGCUCCUACAGACUUGCAGACCUUACUUGCUACAUCUCAAUCUGCGAGGGUGUAGUCGACUCACCAAGCCCAGCUAUGUGGCUAUAGGUCAGUGCAGGAAUCUGCAGGAUCUGAACCUGUCUGAAUGUGAGGGAGUCAACGACGAUGUGAUGAAGGACAUAGCGGAGGGUUGUCAGAUAUUGCUGUAUCUCAACAUCUCCCACACUAACAUCACUGAUGCGACGCUCAGGCUACUUGGAAGAUGUUCCCGUAACCUGCAGUACAUGAGCUUAGCCUACUGCAGACGCUUCAGUGACAAAGGUCUGCAGUACUUGGCAAAUGGUAGGGGCUGCCGCAAACUCAUCUAUCUGGAUCUGUCUGGCUGUCCUCAGAUCACUGUGACCGGCUAUAAGAACAUCGCCAACGGCUGUUCCAACAUCCAGUCUCUAUGCGUCAAUGACUGCUCCACGUUGAAGGACGACAGCAUCGUAGCCAUAGCCUCCAAAUGCCACAACAUCCGUAGUAUAUCCUUCCUGUCUUCCCCUAACAUCACCGACGUGUCCUUCAAGGCCAUCGCGCAGCACCGGCGUCUGCAGAAAAUACGCAUUGAAGGGAAUUCAAAGUUGAGUGAUGCGUCCUUCAAGUACAUCGGCAGGUACUGCUCCGAUCUCAGACACGUCUAUGUGGUAGACUGCCCUCGUGUGACAGACGCGAGCCUGAAGUCGUUGGCGCAGUGUCGCAACAUCAACGUGCUGAACGUAGCUGACUGCAUCAGGAUCAGUGAUAACGGAGUGCGCAGCCUGGUAGAGGGACCAUCAGGACCUAAAAUCAGGGAGAUGAAUCUGACCAACUGCGUGCGGGUCAGCGAUGUCUCCAUACUGAAAAUCAUGCAGAAAUGUUAUAGUCUGGUGUACGGCACCUUCUGCUUCAGUGAGCACAUCACCGACGGUGGGGCCGAGAUGCUUGGCAAUCUGCCAGCCCUCUCGUCCCUGGAUGUGUCUGGAUGCAGCAUCACUGACACUGGUCUGGGUGCCCUAGGCAACAACCCCCACCUGCGGGACGUCACGCUCUCUGAGUGCUACCAGAUUACGGACCUCGGUGUGCAGAAGUUUGCCCAGCAGUGCAAGGACUUGGAGAGGCUGGACCUGUCCCACUGCACACAGCUGACGGACGGGGCUAUCAAGAACCUCGCCUUCUGCUGCCGCAGACUGACCGUGCUGAACAUAGCUGGAUGCAAACAUUUGACAGACCUGAGCAUACAGUACCUAUCGGGGGUCUGCCACUAUCUGAUCAGUCUGGACAUCUCGGGCUGCGUCAACGUCAGCGACAAGUCCAUCAGGUACCUACGGAAAGGAUGCAAGCGCAUGCGGGUACUGGUUAUGCUGUACUGCAAGCAUAUAUCCAAAGCAUCUUACACCAAGCUGGCCGCCAAAAUUGAAAGGGUCAAUUGGAGUGACGACCCCGUACCCAGCAGCUUCGGUCCCGGGUUUGACUACCUAGCCGCCCUUCAGAAGGCCGACGCCGACAAGAAAAGGAAGGAAAAGGAAAAAGAGAAAGAAAAAGAGAAAGAAAAGGAGAUGGAAAAGGCCAAGGGGUCAGGGGAAGGAGAUGUGAACGAGAAAAGCAAAGACGAGGACAAGAUGAGCAAGAUCUUUGAGUCGGAGUCCAAGGUGUCCGAGGCCGACCUGAAGGAGUACGAGAGGAGCGUCAGGAUUUCUUACUCCACUACCAACGGGGAGGAUAGGAGAAAGAUUGAAGAGGAGAACCUGUGGGGCGGGGAGAAAUCGGACGACGGGGGCGGGACAGCUGAAGAGGACAGACAUGAGAAUGAAGAUGGCAUGGAUGAUAAGAAAAUGGAACCGCCCACAACAGUUGAGGAAACCCCGCCCAUUAGCCAGUGAAGCGAGUGAUCGCGAGUUGUUGGGCCAAAUGUACAACUUAUCACCUUUGUGUGUGUGAUAUUGUUGUCCUUUAUGACCGAGGGCUUGGGACAAUAGGGGAUUUGCGAUAACAAUAACUCCGAGGACCUGAGCCAAGUCUUUGGGAGGUUUUCGUGUACAAACCUUACGGGACAUGAGAAAAAGUUAGUACCAAAGAAGGGAACAAUAGGAAGUCCUCACAGGUAUAAGAUAACACGACUGUAAGUGUGUAUGCCUGUAUAUAGAAUCAAAUCGUGGCCUUGAACAAUAGAGGACAGUGGCGUCCUCAAUUGACCGAAGGUCCACUUUUGAAGUGUGUGUACAAAACAUAUAGGAGGUCUUCCUAAAAAGUUAGUGAUUUUGUCCACAAUUGACCGAAAGACCACGAUUUAAAUUCGUAUACAAAACCAAUGAGAACUGUUGCUAGGGGUACAAACAAAGGAAUGAGGAUUAGGGACAAUAGGGGGUCCACGAUUGCCGGUGUUUACCAUGAUGGGUGUGCGUGUGUGGUAUUAGCAAUGAAAAUAUCGCAGUGUGUGUGUGUUUAUAUGCCUGUUCAGUAAUUUGAUUUUGGUCAUGAAAUAAACAGAGUGGCAUAUGAAGCUACAGUCAGCAUAGGGCUGCAUAGCUUGGUUGGUACAAAGCCAACAGGUAAGCCCAGUCGUUUAACGUCAGAGUACCAUGCGACCAUCUGGUUUCCAAUAAUCAUUGGCCACUAUUGCAGUUGGGGGUUGUCAUAAAUGUGCUGACCCAGGACUAGGUGUUGGCUCUGCGUUUCUCUCACAGUUUUUGCCAUCCAUUACAGCUUUGAAGGCUUGCCUACUACCUACAUGUACUAUGCACAGCACUACACAAUCUUUGCCUACUACAAUGGCAGCGUUGACUUCCCUGUGGUCAGUGAGAAUCCUCUAUUUGGUAAUCCAAAAGUUGGAGCCUGGAGGUUGAAACCCUUUUUGUUGAUUUCAUUCAUGUGGUACCCAGUCCUUGUCAACAAUUUUAUUAUUCUGGACUUGAUUUCAGCGUUUGAAAAGUCUCAACGUGAUUUUCAGUUCCUGAAAUAGUUACUCUUAGUUUGAGGUACGUCAGUGACAGCAUGAAAUAAAUUGUCUUAAAAUGCUGUUUUGAAAAGUGGAAAGCUUUCAACAACAGAAACUGCAGAUAGAUUGACACAGAAAAAUGUACCACGUGACCAACAUUAAAUAUUUUAUUUUGCAGCAUAUAUAUGUAACUCCAUUUCACCUUUUUUCCGAACACUUCUACUCACUACUUUUGUUCACAACACUUAAAUAUGAGGCAAAACUACUUGAUACCAUAACUAGUUUGAAUGCCCUUUUUUACUCAGUAACUUGAAGUACACAAUGGUUUCAAGCAGGUUCCAAAAGAAGAGUGCGACAUUUUUAGUCGAAAGUCGCAUUUAUAAAAAUUUGAUAUCUACAACCAACUCGAGGAAGAAAACAAGAAAGACAAAGUUGGCAUUUAGCAUCACCAUUAAUACAACGACUUGUACAUUUUUAACCACUGAAAUUGAUCUAGAAAAACAAAGUGGCUUCAUUAUUUUACAGUCAUUUUAAUGAAAUCGUUAUCUUUAAAUUUGGUCCGAUCAUAUUCCCCCCCCCCCCGACAUUCCUGAAAUUUACGCAUCCACAAAACAAACCUCAUACCCCUGUGAUGCUUUAGAAAGGGGUAAUAAAUAUUGAAUUGUAUUUGUCAGUGUGUUUGGAAUGAACACAUGCAUGCUCACACAAUUGCAAAACUUGCUGUUUAGUUUUAUAAACCAGUUUUGCGUUGUCACUGGAAAAGUUUCAUUUAAAAAUGUAGUAGGUGUGCAUUUGCUAUUUGACAUUGUGUGGUGGUGUUUUGUUGCUGUUCCGUUUAAAUAGUAAUAAAUUAAGUUUAAUAUAUUAAUUAAGGACAGAGCCACAGUCGUACAACUACAACCCGUAACUACCCAGCACACAUAUCCUUUAUACACACUCCACUAUCCAAAAUCCACCACACGGCCGUGCACUUGCAUUUAUACAAUUUCAAAUGUACAAAUUGAAUAACCAUACCAUUCAGCUGCAACCGAGUUAAAUGUGACAAUUUCUUUCUGAACAAAGUGAAAUUAAAUACACUACUAUACAUACACAAUGCCCAUGUGAAAACAGUGCCUACUCAAAACAGAAGUUGAAAGGUAUACAGGAUCAUUAGCUUUUUGUGAAUUUUUUUUUUUUUGGAGCAACAAAAUUGCUUAAAAUUGUAAGAAGUGUGUAUAACAACUAACUUGUUGAAGUUUCAGCUCAGUGGAUACUCUACAUUUUUGAGAAAACAGAAAAAAUGUAGGCACAAUUUUUGGGGUCUCGUAACUAGAUUCCGUAGGUAACACGUAUAAAACUGCCCACCUAAACCACCUCAAAUGGUGGUUUUCUUCCGAAUGAUACCAUUUCAAGGUGGAAUAAUUUCACAGGGUAUUUGGUACCAGGCCUAUCUUUACUUUACGCAAGGAUCAAUCUUGUUAAAUUGGUGGGUACGUUUCCAGAAAAAAAUUGCAAAUUUGUGUAUGUACCUUUAUAGACCUUUAUCAUGCUGCCACCAUUUCAGUCAUGUUACCUGUAUAAACCAAUAACAGUACUGAAUGAUACUGUUUUUUGUGCAAAAAGGAACCAGACUACUUUUCCUUCCAACCUCGCAUUGGUGACGUUGAUUUGAAUGGGAAAAAAUCAAGAUGGCCGCAAGAUAAUUGUCUACAGGUGGCACACACAGCUUGCAAAGUGGAAUAAUUCUGCCAAGCAUAGAUCUGUCCCAAGCCAAAUUCAGCAGACGGCCGGCCCCAAUCAAUGCAAAUGUACAUUGACACAUUUUUGGCCGGCCCCCUAGAAAAAAUGGUGUCCUUUUUAGUAGCAACUUAACACGAUUGGUUAAAAUUUGUUAAGGCAGUUUCACAUUUAAUCCAUAGCUUUCUAACUAGGAAAGUUAAAAGUAUACCCCGGAUUUACAAAAACACAUUUGUAUAAAUCGAACAUGAAAGUUUGUUUCCUACAUUUUAUAAAGAUCUAUUUUAAAUUGUUCAUAACAACAUUGUACUAUAAAUAUGUAUAUAUAUUAGCUGUAAACGUUUGUUAAAGUAUUUGUAUAAUUGUUGUAUUUAUAUGCAUUCAAUAAUUUGUUUAUCGCAGUUUACUGGCCUUUUUAUGAAUAAAUAAAGCAAUUUAUAAAACGUCUACAUGAUUGAGCUGAUUUCUAAGAAUUUAUCAAAAUGUUUUCUUCAUUUUUUAAGUGUCUUUGGAACAUCUUUAAAAUGUGCUGCUGAAAGUUGACUUUAUUGUAUAGCUUCCCUUCCGAUGUAGUAAUAUGGUAAGGCCAGGUUGUAGGUUCUUA